AAUGUAAUAGCGCCCUAAUGUCUCUUCAUACCAAUUAUCCCUGCGCUUCGGGGAUUUUAAAGUCACUAGGAUUUUCGCUCGGGCGUUAUCGUGUCUAGAUAUUCGUGCAUCGUGACUAUCGGUUUAAAUAAUUCAAAAUAUGACCUAGGGCGCUCAAGCGCCAUAAAGAAGAAGAAGAAAUAAUUCAAAAUACUUCAUAUUAUUGUUGUGAUUGAUGUGACAUUGCUGCGAAAAUUGUAUUUUUUUUAUGUAUUAAUCUCACGUUUCAUUUGCUAUGUAGUAGUGUUAAACAGAGGUUCGAAUUGUUUCCUUCUUGUUUGCUAAAAACCUAUGUUAUUUCGCGUAUAGAUUUUAAUUAGACGCUCAAACACGUCUACGUACGUUUAUCCACAUUUUAUUUAUGUAAUUGUUUUAAUAAUUCUCAUCCAUUCACCCACACACACACACACAUCCACAAAGAAGAAGAAGAAGAAGAAAGAUGUGUACGUACACUCAGGAUUGAAGGAUGAUUAAAUUGGACGCGAGCAUUCAUCCGAGUUUGUCGGAGAUGGUGACAGAGAAAUUGCAACGAAAAAAUGUGAUUACGAUCGUGGAUUUUGUCACGACGGAUCCGAUUAAACUGGCAACCUUCACCGGUCUUUCACAUACGGAUAUAUUAGAAGUGAAGAAACACAUAUUGAAGAAUUACAGUGGCACAAAGAGGAAUGCGAUUGAGGUUCUUGCAAUAGAGCGCAGCUAUAUUCCGAUCAAUAUAAAGUGUUUGGAUGAAUUGCUGAAAGGUGGCCUGUAUCCUGGACAAUUGUGCGAAUUAUGCGGGCCAUCAUCCUCUGGAAAGACUCAAUUAUGUUUGACAAUAGCUGCUAAUAUUGCUGUUCAGUCAGACAUCAUUGUAUAUUAUUUUGAUACAAAAAGAGAUUUCACCAGAUUUCGAUACGAAGAGAUUUUAAAGGCAAAAAACUUCAGACAAGAGAUUAUAGAAAACGUACUGCAACGUACAAAAGUCUGUCAUAUACGUUCGUCCCGUGACUUAAUACGAGUUUUGCGCGAAUUAGUAACUUUCUAUAAAACAAGGAAGAAUAAUGUGUCGCUCGAAGAAAAAAGAUUUCCUCUUGUAAUUAUAGAUUCUUUACCAGCAGUUAUCUUUAAGGUAACACGACAAGUGCACCAGCAUGAUCUUGAGACGACAUACGAGCUCGAUGAUUUGGCCGAGGCAUGUCGAUUCCUCACGAGACAAUGCCAUGCAAUCGUGGUCACGGUGAAUUCAGUUACCCAAUGGAAUUCCACCGAUCAAGUAGAUCCUGCCGCCAUAACACCGGCAUUAGGAAGAUACUGGGCGAGGGUACCAGUCACGAGAUUACUGAUAAUAAGACAGCGUAGCGAAAUUCGAAAGAUAACUGUUUGGAAGGAUCUAAGAUCAGACGAGAAAUCCUGCAUUGUGACAGUAAGCGAUGCCGGGAUUACAUCACAAUAAGCCGUCUAUAAGGUCAGUCAAUUGUUAAAUAUUCUAAUUGAUUGUUAUUAAGUAUUAUAUAAAAAUUUGUUAAUUAUAUUAUUAUACCUGUUUAUUUUGUGUUAUACGUUUCUUUUUUUUAUCUUAACUUUUAAAGGAUUAAUAACAGUCAAUAAUGGAGCUACGUUCAAUUUUAUUUCAUCUAGUGUAAUCCUUUUGUCUACUUUGAAUACGAAUGUUCGUAUCAAAGUAGCUAGCAUAACUUUCAUGGAAACCAUUCCAUAUUUCCAUCCUGCAAUUUGAUUAAUCAUAAUAAUAUAUUAAUUUAUCAUGACAUACAUACACAGAUAUCGUAGUA